CUCCUUGAUAUAGUGAAACUGGCUCUCUCUCGCCCGUGGACGUAGCUAACACACAUCGUGUUAGUGAACCACGUAAAUCGUGUGUCUGUGUUUUCGAUUCUCGCUUUCGUAUUCUUGCUUUGUCGAUUCCGGCUAUUUCCCGAUCCGUAGCAGCGCGUUUAUAACAAGUGGUAUCAGAGCCGCGGCUAGAAAUCAGGCUAGGGUUUUCGAUUUAGAAGAAUGACAUCGGUGAACAUGAAGAUCGAAAAGUUCACGGGGAAGAACAGCUUCGCUAUAUGGCAGAUCAAGAUGCAGGCUUUAUUAAAACAGCAAGGGCUGUGGGGGCCGCUGUCUGCGAAACAGAAGAAGGCAGCGGUCGAUGACGAUGAGUGGAAUACCCUGGAGGAGAAGGCCCACUCGACCAUCAUGCUAUCGUUGUCUGAUGACGUCAUCAUUGAAGUCGCUGCUAAGAAGACUGCCGCGGGCUUGUGGUUGAAACUAGAGAGUUUGUACAUGACUAAGUCUCUAACCAACAAGCUGCAUCUCAAGCAACGGUUGUUCAGCUUGAGGAUGCAAAAAGGUACGCCUUUGAGGGAACAUCUCGAACAGCUUAACUCUAUUUUGCUGGAUCUGCGUAAUAUAGAUGUUCAAGUUGAUGACGAGGAUGCUGCCCUAAUCCUACUGGUUUCUUUGCCGAGUUCAUAUGAGAAUUUCGUUGAUUCUUUUAUUGCUGGUAAAGAAAGCGUGUCGUUGGAGGAUGUCAGGUAUGCUCUUCAUACGAGAGAGAUCAUACAUAAGGCGUCCGGAUCUGGUACAGGUGGUGAGGCAUCGGGUUUGGCUGUUACAGGUGGAAAGGGAAAGAAGAAAUCUGGUAAAGGAAAUUCGAACAAGAAUUCCAAGGGUCCCGGUCCACAGCCAGGUGAUGCUUGCCAUAACUGUAAAGAAGUGGGGCAUUGGAAGUACAAUUGUCCCAAGAGAAGAGGGCAACAGAAGAAACAAGGUUUAGUUGCCGUGGCAGAAGUGGACAACAGUUCUGAAGACGAUCUCGCCUUGGCUGUAGAUGAGAAGGCACAUCGUGGGGAUGUGUGGUUUCUGGAUACUGCAGCCUCAUACCAUAUGUCUCCGAACAGGAAUUGCUUCACAACCUACGAGCAGAUAGAUGGUGGUAACGUGGUCAUGGCUAAUGGAGUUGUCUGCAAGGUUGUUGGAAUCGGGUCCAUAAAGGUUCGGACACAUGAUGGUUCGUUCUGUACCGUGAAUGAUGUCAGGCAUGUUCCACGAAUGACAAAGAACCUGAUCUCCUUGAGUCUACUCGACAGCAAGGGUUUCAGUUUCAAAAGAAAAGGUGGAGUUGUGUAUGUCUGCAAAGGUUCAAGGAAGGUGCUGAAGGGCGUGAAGCGUGGGACCUUGUAUGCAUUACAAGGGUCUGUGUUGUCUGGUUCUGCUGCAGUUGCAUCGUCUCAGGUUCAACAGGAAGAUAUGACCACUCUCUGGCACAUGAGACUAGGGCAUAUGAGUGAACGGGGGAUGCAAGUUCUGUCGAAGAGUGAUCUUCUUUGUGGGCACAAGAUGCAGAAUUUGGAAUUCUGCGAGCAUUGUGUGUUUGGGAAGCUACAUCGCAGCAAGUUUCCCAAGAAGGGUAUCCACCGGACGAAGGGGAUACUAGAUUACCUCCACUCCGACUGUUGGGGUCCUUCACGAGUUGAAUCCAUUGGAGGCAGCAGGUAUUUUCUGUCUAUUAUUGAUGAUUAUUCGAGAUUUACUUGGAUUUUCAUGAUGAAGCAGAAAAGUGAGGCUUUCACGAAGUUCAAGCAGUGGAAGACAUUGGUGGAGAAUCAGACCGGGAAGAAGAUCAAAAAGUUGCGAACAGACAAUGGUCUGGAGUUCUGUAAUUCUGAGUUCAACGAAUUCUGCAAGGAUGAAGGGAUUGCCCGUCAUCGGACUGUGAGAGAUACACCUCAGCAGAAUGGCGUUGCAGAAAGGAUGAACCAGACAUUGUUGGAGAGAGCACGGUGCAUGCUCUCUAAUGCUGGACUAGAGAGAAGAUUCUGGGCAGAAGCAGUGAACUUGGCAUGCUUCCUGAUCAACCGUGGACCUCACACAGGUAUUGAGUUGAAGACUCCUUAUGAGGUGUGGUAUGGUAAGCCUGCUGAUUACUCUUCACUGAAAGUUUUUGAAUGUCCUAUUUAUUAUCAUGUGGAUGAGGGUAAACUGAACCCAAGGGCAAAGAAGGGUGUAUUUGUGGGUUACGAAGAUGGAGUUAAGGGAUUUCGAGUCUGGUCACCUUCUGAGCAUCGAGUUAUACUCAGUAGAAAUGUGAUUUUUGAUGAGAAGUCUAUGUUUAACCCCAUGUUGAAGAUUACUGUUGUUGAAGGUAGCAGGAAUGUUGAUAAGCAGGUGGAGCUGCAAACUCUCAAUGAGAGUGAGUUUGAGCACCAAGGUGGAGAAGAUCAACAUGAGGAUGUUUCUACAGAGCCAGAAACUUCAAAGUCCAGUGCAGGAGCUCAACAGUCUAUAGCUUCCGGUAGACCAAAGAGAGCGACUGCAGGAGUACCUCCAGAGAGGUAUGGCUUUGAGGACAUGGUGGCGUAUUCAUUUCAGGUUGCUGAAGAAGUGGAUGCAGGAGAGCCACAGUCCUAUAGAGAAGCAGUUUCGGGUGGUGAAGCUGAUCAGUGGCUUGCCGCAAUGGGAGAUGAGAUGGAAUCCCAUGACAGGAAUCAGACUUGGGAGCUAGUCAAACGACCACAGGGAAGGAAGAUUGUUACAAACAAGUGGAUCUACAAGAAGAAGGAAGGAAUCACUUCUAAAGAGGGCAUGAAAUUUAAAGCUCGGGUGGUUGCACGAGGCUUCUCGCAGAGGGAAGGAGUUGACUACAAUGAUAUUUUCUCACCAGUGGUCAGACAUACUUCGAUCAGAGUGCUACUAGUAAUAGUGGCACAUUGUGACUUGGAGCUCGAGCAGCUAGACGUGAAGACAGCUUUCCUACAUGGAGAGUUGGAGGAAGAAAUUUACAUGACUCAGCCAGAAGGAUUCGAGGUUCCGGGAAAAGAAGACUAUGUUUGUAAGCUGAAGAAGUCCUUGUAUGGACUUAAGCAGUCUCCGAGGCAGUGGUACAAGAGAUUUGACAGUUACAUGCUUGAGCUGGGCUAUAGCAGAAGUCCAUAUGAUUGUUGUGUGUAUCACAACAAGGUGGAGGAUGGUUCGAUGAUCUAUCUUGUUCUGUAUGUGGAUGAUAUGCUCAUAGCUGCGAGGUCGAAGUCUGAUAUCCAGAAGUUAAAGGGGCUUCUCAGUGCUGAGUUUGAGAUGAAGGAUUUGGGAGCUGCUCAUAAGAUCUUGGGUAUGGAGAUUUACAGGGACAGGUCGAAGAAGAAGCUUUUCUUGUCACAGAAGAGCUACAUCCAAAAGAUACUGUCGAGGUUUGGCAUGUCUUCAGCAAAGCCCUUAAAUACUCCUAGUGCUUCAAAUGUUCAUCUAUCCUCAGCUUAUGCACCGCAGUUAGAGGCUGAGAAGGAGUACAUGUCGAGAGUCCCAUAUGCUAGUGCAGUAGGUAGCUUGAUGUACGCUAUGGUAUGCACUAGACCUGAUCUUGCACAUGCUGUUAGUGUUGUCAGCAGGUUUAUGAUACAACCUGGGAAGGAGCAUUGGCAGGCUGUGAAGAGGAUCUUCCGGUACCUUAAGGGUACACCUGAUGUGGGGAUUAGCUUCGGAAGUGAUACAGAGUGCUUGGUGUCUGGGUAUUCUGACUCAGACUAUGCUGGAGAUGUUGACACGAGGAGAUCGAUGACCGGUUAUGUAUUCACUCUUGGGAGUUCUGUAGUGAGCUGGAAGGCAACUUUGCAGUCAGCGGUGACAUUGUCUACUACUGAGGCAGAGUAUAUGGCAUUGACAGAAGCUGCUAAGGAGGGAAUAUGGUUGAAGGGACUGGUUGGUGAUCUUGGUCUACAUCAUGAUCAGGCAGUGGUGUAUUGCGACAGUUUGAGUGCAAUAUGCUUGGCCAAGGAUCAAGUCCACCAUGAGAGGACUAAGCACAUCGAUGUGAGGUAUCAUUUCUUGAGGACAGAGAAGAGGAUUAAGGUGAAGAAGGUUGGCACCGCGGAUAAUCCUGCUGAUAUGUUCACGAAGCCGGUUCCACAUGGCAGGUUCCAACACUGCUUGGACUUGCUGAAUGUCCUGAGUGGGUGACUCCGCCCUACGGGGCAUUGAUGGCGGGAGAGAAAGAGAAGGAGCUGGGUACAUCAGAGAUUUUCAGAGGAAGAGGAUUCAAGUCAAGGUGGAGAUUUGUUGAUGUGACUUGAAUCGGACUAUCAGCCGCUACGACUGGUAAUCGGGGGUCUCUGUAACAGUUUCCUUUGUCAGAUUGGAUUAGGUUUAGACCCACAUGGAGAAGUACUAUAUAUACUUCUCAUACUCCUCUGUAAUCUGUAAUCUCCUUGAUAUAGUGAAACUGGCUCUCUCUCGCCCGUGGACGUAGCUAACACACAUCGUGUUAGUGAACCACGUAAAAUCGUGUGUCUGUGUUUUCGAUUCUCGCUUUCGUAUUCUUGCUUUGUCGAUUCCGGCUAUUUCCCGAUCCGUAGCAGCGCGUUUAUAACAAAAAUAAUAACCAAUCCAUUAACUUUCCAUCCAAUUGAGUGUCAGUUGACCCUAACAUGGCAAUUUAUGCAACCCUAAUCCUUUCGUUUGAUCUACCUAAUUUUCCCUAAUCUAGGACGACGACGAUGACCUGACCCCAACGCUCGCACAAGAACAUAGGGGAAGAGGAAGAGCGGAUCAUGAUGCCACCGUCACAGCAGUGACUAAGUCAUUGUACGUCGUGCCAAACAGAUAUAUUAGGAGUUUGUUGUGUGUUCGUUUCGAAAGUAAAAAAAAAAAACUGUAAUAGUAACGGUAAAUCAUUGCUGGGAUUAAUUGACAUCUUUUGGAUUUUCAAUUCGAUUUUUUGAUCAAUAUGAAAGAGGGCUUGAUCUAAUAGAAAAUAGUUAGGGCAAUAAUUCAAUUCACGUUUCUCUUUUUUCUUGGGGUAGCAAAAUGUGAAAAGGGGAGACUAUUAGUGAGGCAUUGAAAUUGCAAUCAAUAAGUGGGAGGUGAUAUGAUUGUGAAUUUGUGAUUGUGACAUUGGAGGAGUGUGGUGGCAAUGGAAACAUAGAGACCAAACUAUACAGUAGCGAUCAUGCAAUGCAAUUGAAGAGAGAGGGCCACAUACACUCAGAAUCUACACAUUAAAAAGGUUCAUGGAAAGGGUUAAUCUUACCUGCUGCUCUCUUUCUCUUUUUCCUUUAUUUGGCUUUCAACCCCGCAAUGACUUUUUCUUUCCCUUUUGUCUCUCAUGUAUGUUAGAGUGUGCCCAAAAUAUGCCUAAGGUUUGAGAUCCGAAACAGGUUAAUUGUACAUGAAAUCAAAUCGGGGCGGGUAUUCGAUAAUUGUAGCAGGUUGGGUCUAGGUCGAGUAAUUUAUUGUAAAACGCGGAUCGAAUCAUGUCGAAAUAUAUAGGUCGAAUAAUUUAUUGUAGAACGCGUUUCACAUAGAUGAUCUUAUGGCACCAAAUUGUGAAGUCAUUUUCAUGUUGAGUUGGCAAUACAUUAUAUGGAUUGGUAUUCAAAAUUUUCAAACAGGUUCAAGACUUUCUGUUUCCAUCAUUGUCACGCAUAAAGGCUUUGUCUUCGUUUGCUUAUAAUUAUCUCUUUUCCUUUUCUGGUCUGAAUCGUUCAUUAUGUUCUUGGCCCCUACAAAGAAACGCUAUCCUUACAGCUUUAGGAUUUGGAUUAUCCCUUCGUUUCGUUUCGUUUCCAUGCGUUGGUUUUCUUUGAUACUGCAGAGAUCCUUCCAAUGAUAUUAUCCAGUUUUGUCUUCUUUCAGGUUGUAUGCCCGAUAAAUUCUAGUCGUCGAUUCAAUUCAAUUAUAGUCGGAUAGAAUCAUAACGCCAAUUAAUUAAACUUCACAAAUAUUAAUUUUCAUAUUUGAGGCUAGGGGUGGGCAAUGAACGGGUUGGAUGGAUUUUGGUCUCAAAUUGACCCACCCGUUUAUUCGCGGAUUGAUGUGAUUGUAAACCGAUAUCCACCCACAUUUUUCUUUGAGUUGGGUCGAGUGUGUGGCAGAUGGGUUCGGUUGAAUUGUGGAUUAACCCGCAAAAUCAAUUCUCCAACUAGUCAUUAAACAAGUUGGCUACAUUUAUAACAAGUUCCUUGAAAGUUAUUAACCCCGUAGAAAUUUAGACACCUCCCACUUUGUCUCUAGUAGAUCCUUGUAGUAUUUCCAUAAAAUCAUUCAUUACUUCAUCAAUUAAUUGUGUAAAGAAAAUUGACGAUUAUUGCUACUUUUUUUUAUGAAUCGUUGGGAUCUUUAUUCGUCAAAAAGUGGUUGCUAGCAACACCCUUGCUAGCUAGGGAAUCAAACCAAAAAUGUGAAAACAGUUAAUGCAAACCUUCCUCUAAGACAGAUCACAAUUUAAACAUUCCAAAAGAGUCUCACCCUAUCACAGCCUAAAACACACACAACCUCGGAUUUGAUGACAAGCAGCACCUCCUGAAAACCUUUAACAUUAACUCCAUACAGUCGACGACAGCGUUCUCUCCAAACCUGACUUACCCACGAUUGCCAGAUGAGCCUUCCCGUUUCAGCAACUUCCGUUUGGUGGCUAUACUUCAACAUCAUCCAUGAAACCAUUUCCUCCCAAGUUUGGAUUAAAGGAACCUGCACAGAGCCACUAAAUAGCUCAUCAAGGAGCUGCCCGGUGAAAGGACAGAGGGCAAACAAAUGUUGUCUGCUCUCAGUCCCUCCCCCACAAAAAGCACAAGCCAGCGAUCCCAAAAACCCCCCAUUUCUGCAUUCUGUCCAUUUGCUGGAUAUACUUCAACAUCAUCCAUCAAACGGUUGCUCGGUAUAGCCUUACCUUUCCAGAGAACUUUCCACCAGUCCACCUUCUGCUGAGUAGGUCGAAUAAGCUGCCACACUCUUUUAAUAGAAACCGAGGCAUAGGAAGAUCAUCAAGAAGCAGAACAUCAUCCCUGGUCGAGAUGAAAGAAGAUACCUUGCUUCUCAGCUUAAGAUUUUGCACCAGUUCCAAGACCCUGAUGUGCAGGUGUAUCUCCAAAAGCACCUACCCUUCAGCUGAGAAGCAAUACACAAUAUAGUAACGGAUAGUAAUACAAAAUAUUAUCCAUUCUCCGUGUCUAGGUAUAUCAUCAGUAUGUAGUGUGGUUAGAAAAUUUGAUGACUAUUCGACAAUAUAAACAAGAAACAACUUUUUGUCAU